AUGCCUUCCCCAAGACAAGACCCUGGAGGACUUUCGGGUCAAGACGUGCGGGGGCGCGCUGGGCGAGGCGAGGCGCGCCCGGCGGGGCUGACGGCGGUUCUCGUCUCCCCGGCAGUGACGGUUGUCAGCGGGCUCAUCGUGGUGCUGCUUUUCUUCUCGGAGCUGCAGUACUACCUCACCAAGGAGGUUCAUCCGGAACUGCGCGUUGACAAAUCAAGGGGAGCUAAACCGAAGAUCAGUCUCGAUGUUAUUCUUCCGCACGUGCCUUGUGCUUAGUUGAGCAUCGAUGCCAGGAACGUAGCAGGAGAGCAGCAGCUGGAUGUAGAGCACAAUCUGUUUGAACAACGUUUGGAUAAAGCUGGCAAUCGUGUGACCCCGGAGGCCGAGAGCCACGUCACCAGGGACUUCACCCGACUGCCGUGCAUCAAUAUGACGCACUAUAUCGAGCAUCUCUCGUUUGGGAGGGAUUAUCCAGGCAUUGUGAACCCUCUGGACGGGACGGAUGUCGCUGCGCAGCAAGCUUCCACGAUGUUUCAGCGUUUUGUCAAAGCGGUCCCCAGGGUGUAUAUGAAAGUAGAUGGUGAAGUGGUAGGGACUAAGCCGUUUUCAGUUACACGACAUGAGAAGAUAGCCAACGGGCUACUGGGAGACCAGGGUCUGCCUGGUGUAUUUGUGCUAUAUGAACUUUUGCCCAUGGUGGUGAAGCUGACAGAGAAACACAGGUAAGAGACAUUUCAAUCUACGUCAUCACCCUCCAUUGAUUUUUGCCAUUUUGCAUAGCUUAAGGCUCCAUCCUCGCUUAGACGCGACAGUGCAAAUGCCUGAAAGCCAUCCGAGCCCCUUCCCAGUCGGUGGAGAGGAAGAGGCACUCCCGGAUGCCCU